AUGAACCGCUCUCUUCUUCUCUUAUUCUUCCUCACGGGAGGAAUAAGGUGUGACUACCGUUUGAAUCCGCAAGAAAAUCAAGGCUUGAAGUCUUAUUGCGGAACCAAAACCAACCAUCCGAGAAGAUUCGAGAGCCGCAAAACCGCCGGUGGACAACCAACUAAUGGCUAUGAAGCGCCAUGGGCUGCUUACAUACAGUAUCCUAAUAAUUGGUGCUCUGCGACGAUAAUUUCUCCAAGACACGUUAUGAGCGCUUCACAUUGUCUUAUGUCAGAUAUGACUCAAUAUGAUCACAGAUUCAAUGGAAUGAGAAGAAAAUGCAGUGGGAACGACUUGAUUUUGUAUCCAGAAAACAAUUCGUUCGCAGUCAGAAACUCAUAUGGAGGACUACUUUCGGGCAAAGUGUUCAAGACAAUUCCGACUUUCAAGCUAUAA